UGGCUAGCUAACUGAAGCAGCGGAAUCGAGAAAGUAGAAUAGUGGAAUGCGCAUGCGUGGAGGCGGCUAAAUUCAAAACUAAAGACGUUAGCAUUACAUCUGACCGAGGCUCGUUGACGUUAGCUGGAGCUUGCAGGUUCGCACAUCGACCGAGCUAAACAUAAUCGACAUGAAAAGUAUUUUAAGUUAACGUAAAUUAAGAAAAACACAACCGUAUCCGUGGUAAAACACGAGUAGCUAAUUAAGCUCAUUACAAAUAGCUACAACUACAAGUUGAAAAUGGAGCCUCUGGAUCCUGCCAAGAAUGAUGAAGGCAGUGGAUUCACCAAGCGCCGCAUUUCUUCGAUUUUGAAAGCUCCACAGAGAUCAUCAAUGAAAUUCUCUGAACCAGUGCAACAGGAAAAUGUGGUGGAAUGUGCCAAACCAGUGGAAAAGAGGAAUUCAAGAAGAGUCAGUUUUGCCCCUGCCAACAAUGUUCUCCUGUUCUCAAAGGAUGGAAAAAAUGCCUCGCCUGCCAAAAGUCCUUUACAAGAGUUAAUAACAACAGCGGCAGCCACAAUAAAUAGGGUCCAGGUGGCAGUCACUGAAGAUGGGAUUCAACAAAUUACAGGAAUGGAAACUCUAUUGAAUGCUCCUCUACAUGCUUCUCAACAAGGGCAAAAGGUCAACUUUGAUACUGUGGGUGACUUAGGGGAGAAAACCGUGAUGUUUUCUGCAAAUGAUGAAUUCAUGGACAUGACCCACAGUCACACAAUAAACAUUGCCGGUGAUGCAGAAUUACUUGCAGAUAUUUCCCUCCAGAACUAUGACCCUUUACCCUCUAGAAGAGAGAAAACUGAGAUGUUCACUGUGAAUAAUGCAUCCAUGGCGAGAAACAUAUCCUCAUCGGUUCCUUCUUUGGAUCCUGAAUUUGAAAAAUUCCUCGCAAGUCACUCUAAACAAAGUGGCCCCAGCUCUAGUCCGGUCAUCACCAGAACAAAGCCUGCUUCUGGCACAUCCUCUGAAGAAGCAAACCGCUCUCUGGCCCAGAUUAAAACACAAAGGGCUGAUGUGGAUAAAGAAAAUCAGGCUCCAACUUCAGUUUCAGCUGUGAUGGAGAAGUCUUUCAAUACAUCCAGGAAGAUUGGUGAAUUAUCUUAUGGAAGUGCACUCUGUCCAGAAGAUGAUUUAAGCAUGGAUAUGACUAAAGAUCAGACGGACUGCAUGCUGGGAUUCGCUGAUGAUGAUCCCUUUCAGUGUCUUUUUCCCACACAAGAAAUGUAUUCCUGCUUUGACAACAAAGUGUCACAGACAGCACAGAAGCCCAAACAACCACAGAAAAGCAGUAAAACACUGGCAUCAUUCAACCCUAAAGAUAUGGCAUCCUUGAAGAAUCCGGCUGUACAUGCUUCUCAUCAAAGACGCAAGGCCAACCUUGAUACAGAAGAGGAUUGCAAAGAGAAAACGAUAAUGUUCUCUGCAGGUGAUGAGUUUAUGAAUAUGACUCAGAGUCACACUGUAAACAUUGCCAGUAGUUUAUUACCACCUCCGAACCAAAACUUGGACAUUGUUCACACUCGUGGAAAAAUGGACAAUGCUUCAUCUCUGGAGAGAAAGCGUGAGACGUGUGGUGCGCCUGGCUCGUCAGCUAAUGCUUUGGAUCUAGGAUUUGAAGACUUCCUUUCAAGUCUCUCUAAACCAGGCGCCUCCAGUGGUAAUCCUGCGAUUGCCAGAACGGAGCCAGCCUCUAAGGAAACCGUUGACACAAACUGCUCCCUGUCCCAGCUUCAAAGUAAUAUUGGGAAAGGACGUCAGUCCCUCAUUACAUCCAGGAGCUUUGAAAAAUCAUUUAAUGGAGGUACAAUCUGUCCUGAAAAUGAUGUGAGCAUGGAUAUGACUGAAGCUCAGACGGGCCGCAUAAUAGGGUUCACCGCCUCAGAUGAUCCUUUCCAGUUUCUUUUUCCCACACAAGACAUGUACCCCCACUGUGAAGGUCUGAAGAAACAAGAGAUGACUUCAGGACUGAAGAACAGCGAAGCACUAGGGUCAUCUAACCGUGCGGGUAUGGAAACUGCAUUGAAGCCAUCUUUGACAAAGGUGCAAAGAAAUCCGGUCAAAUUUGAUCUGGAAGAUGACUGCAGAGAGAAACCUGGGAGGUUUUCUGCAUAUGAUGCAUGUAUGGAUGUGACACAAAGUCACACUGUCAACAUUGCCACUGGUUUCGAGCUGCAAUCGUUUCAAAAUGUAGACGUUUUGCCUAUGUGUGGAGAGAAAACAUUUAGGCUCGCUGCAAAUGAUACCUCUAUGGAUAUGACCAAGUGCCUCACUGUAAAUAUUGCGGAAUCAGUUCUUCCUGUGAAGAAACAAGAUGAUGAGACAUGUGGUCUGCCUAGAAACAGAUCUUCAUCAGCACGCAGUGUGGAUCCAAGCUUUAAUAAGAGCCUCUCAAAACCAAGUGGGCCCAGUGUUAAUCCUGUGGUCGAAAGGAUGACACCUACAGCUGCACAACACAGCAUGGGAGACUCAUCGAAUGGAGUGACAAUCUGUCCAGAAGAUGAUGCAAAUGUGACUGAAGCUCAAACAGGCCGCAUUUUAGGACUCACAGAUACAGAUGAUACUCCUCAGUGUCUUUUCCCCACACAAGACAUUUACCCCCAAAGUGGUAGUUUGAAGAAAGCAGAGAUGACUUCACGACAGCAGCACAAUGAAACAGUGGGAACGUUCCGUAAAGGUAUGGAUACCUCAUUGGUGCAAAGAGAUCAGGUCAAGUUCGAUGCUGAAGACUUCCGUAUAGAGAAAACGGUGAAGUUUACUGCUGACGAUGCCUGUAUGGAUAUGACAAGAAGUCACACUGUAAACAUUGCGACUGAUUUAAAAGUGCAGCCACACCAAAAUCUGGACUUUUCCCCCGCUUUUGGAGAGAAGACCAUGAGAUUCAACACAACUGAUGCAGCUAUGGAUGUGACAAGAAGUCUCACUGUAAACAUUGCCACUGAUUUAAAACUGCAGCCACACCAAAAUCUGGACUUUUCCCCUGCUUUUGGAGAGAAGACCAUGAGAUUCAACACAACUGAUGCAGCUAUGGAUGUGACAAGAAGUCACACUGUAAACAUUGCCACUGAUUUAAAACUGCAGCCACACCAAUAUGUGGACUCCUUACCUGCUGGUGGAGAGAAAACAAUGAGAUUCAACACAACUGAUGCAGAUAUGGAUGUGACAAGAAGUCACACUGUAAACAUUGCCACUGAUUUAAAAGUGCAGCCACACCAAAAUCUGGACUUUUCCCCUGCUUUUGGAGAGAAGACCAUGAGAUUCAACACAACUGAUGCAGCUAUGGAUGUGACAAGAAGUCACACUGUAAACAUUGCCACUAAUUUAAAACUGCAUCCAUACCAAUAUGUGGACUCCUUAGCUGCUGGUGGAGAGAAGACCAUGAGAUUUAACACAACUGAUGCAGCUAUGGAUGUGACAAGAAGUCACACUGUAAACAUUGCCACUGAUUUCGAACCACCGUCACACCAAGAUGUGGACAUUUUACCUGCUGGUGGAGAGAAGACAAUGAGGUUCACUGACAAUGAUGCAGCUAUGGAUGUGACCCAAUGUCUCACUGUAAAUAUUGCCAGCAAUUCAGUAUCAGAUUCACUUCUUCCACACCGAGAUUCUAAUAUUUUAUUCACCCAUGAAGAUGUGGAUUUUCCUUUAUCUGCAAAGAAGACCCAUCGUCCGCGCGGAAACCAAUCUUCAUCUGCACACAUUUUGGAUCCAGGGUUUAAAAACUCCCUGUCUAGGAUGAGUGACCCCUGGGCCAGAGCAGUGGCUCCUUCUGCACCAUCCCCUCAAGAAACUCCAGACACAGAUGGCUUACUGGACCAACUUAAAACACAGAAGCCUGAUGUGGAUACUGAAAAGGUAGCUUUACCUUUUGUUUCUGCUGUCUUGGAGAGACCAGUGAAUAAAACCAUGACCGACGGUCCAGAGCACGAUGUAAGAAUGAAUAUGACUGAAGCUCAAACAGGCGCCAUUUUGGGACAAACGUAUACAGGUGAGCCACCUCAAUGCCUUUCUUCCACACAGGACUUGUACCCCAAUCCUGACCAUUUGAAGAAAACCGAGGCAGCUCCACAACAGAGAAAUGAAGCACUGGGAUCCUCCAACCCUGGCGGAGUGGAAAUCCCAAACCUUCUCAAUUCUCCUGACUCAGAUGAAACUGGCACCAGUAAGGAACCCAAAUCAAAAAAUCUGACUUGUACUUUAUCACAGAAGAUGGGGAAUUCACCUUGUGCUGUUGACCAUGAUGUUGAUACAGCGCCUUCACGGAAGUCCAAACGGAUGAGCUUAGCCGAUCUUAAGUCAAAAGUAAGGCGUUUGAGUCACAUGGUGAGUACAGCCCCUGAUAUUAUUGCCAUGGACAGCCGCACAGCACCCUUGCCUCACCUGGAACGGGACAUGGACAAAACCUCAAACGACAAAACCAAAUCCCUGCCUGUAACAGAGCCUCAACUUGAGAUGGGUUUGGUAAACACAGAAGAAAAUACACAAGCUCCAUGUCUUCUGCAAGGAGAGCAACCCUCUGCUACUACAACUCCUUUCAACUUGAAAACUAAACAACUUAUGUCCAGACUCUCAAUUGGAACCUUUAAGGCAAAACUCCCCCAAAAAAGCAAACCGGAUGAUCCAAAGAAUGGGAAUUCUGUGGACAAACCUCAAAGGACAGUCACUGUCAAUGUUACUAAUCAACUGAGCAACUUUGUCGAUGAUAUGAGUGAUAUUUACAAUGAAGAGCUUGGUAGCUAUGAAGAUAUGUCUGAAACCUUGGACAUAAUGAGUCCUCAGAAAGCCACUGAAAAAGUGAUUGCUUCCCAAGAGUUAGACAUGGAUGAGUGUUUAGAGCAAGAUAUAUCUGAAAAGGACUUUAUUAGUCCUGUCAGUGGAAAAAAGAGACCUGUGCCAGCAGAUGAAAAUAAUGUGGCGGAUGAGAAGAGACUGAAAGUAUCCACCGUGGCGACCACUGAUGUUGAAAUGGGAUUUCAGUCUCAUGUUGUGGAGUGUGACAGCAACGCUACUACAGUUCCAAGCAUGACUACACAGACCACAGAUUACUCUAACAGCAGUCACACAGCCAGCAUCAGAUGUGAAGCUACAUUUGAAUCAACUUACAAACAAAGCCUGUUUGAAUCCCAGCUGGAAGACUACGCCAAUGAUGUUCAGAGGAAACUCGAUGAUGGCACCAUUACAUUGUUAGAGUUCUUUCAACUCUUCAACAUAGACUUUGUCAUCCAUAAUCCUCGGCAAAGCAUCCUUCCUGGCAGACUUUUGUCAGACACAGAUCGCACACCGAUGGAUUUAUUGAAAGACAGGCACAUCAACCGUCCUAAACAGACGGUGUAUGAGACCGAUGUCCUCAACCUUACAGAGAUGGUGGAGGGGUUGAAGGAGCGAAUGCGGGACCUAGACAAACAACUGAAGAUUGUUAAUAGACCUUUGUGGGAAGAAGUGAGAAAUUAUUCAGAGAAAGAGCUCAAAUCUUUUGGUGCCAAACUAAAAGAGAGACAUAACCUGUUCAGAAAGUUGAGCAAAGUUCAGUCGCAUGAAAUGAAGGAGGUGUUGUACUCCAAUCUUGUGCAGGCUAAUCUGAAGGAGCAACAGAGGCCGAGAGGAAUGAUUGAGGAAGCAGAUGGGAUGAUAAAAAGCUUGGACGACUGUAUUCGUGAAUUAGAAACAGAACUUAUUGCCGUUGAAGAGAGAGGCUUCGAAGACCAACCAAGUCUGAAAUCACGUCGCAAAGAAAUGCAAAAAGUCACAGAGGCUUUGGAGGAUAAUAACCGACAAAUAUGUGAACUGGAGAUGCAGAAGAAGCAGACUUCAAAUAAACUGAGCAGGCUGAAAGUGGAGACGAGCAACCUUGAGAGCCACGUCACCGCACUGCACAUGGUAAAUGAAUGGAAGUUUGGGGAGAAGAACGACAACUGCAGUGUCUACACUUUCCUCUAUGAGACCUUGAUUCUACAGUUGGUGUAUGAAAAAUCCGAUGGAAAUGAUGCUGGUAAUCAGUCUGAGAGGAAAAUAUCGCACAUCACAUUGAGGCUUCAACUUGACGAUGAAAAGUCGCAGGGUAAUGCCCGCCUUGUUCACAAACUGCUCUCUCGGUACAUCGAGGGAGUCCCUGACUGGGUGGAGAAAUAUCCAACGAGCAGACAUGUUCCCCAGCUGCUCCAUGACGUCAGCCUGGUGGUGAGUCGCUGUCGUCUGCUGGGAGAGGAGUUGCGUCGGCUGAAAACGUGGGGAAGCGUGAGGCUCAACAUUCUCAACAUGAGCUGUGUGGACACUCGAGUGCACUUUGUCUUCAGCAGUCUCAAGACAUUUUCCCAGUUUGAGGUGAUCUUCUCGGUCAGUUUGAUCGGCCAGCCCUACGCCCUUCAGUUGCAGAGCUUUAAAAACAUGAUCGGAAACACAACGGUCCAACAGAUUGAGGAGAUUGUGUCGUCGUUCAGUCCAUCCAAGAACCUCCUGACGAAGAUCGUCAAAAAGAUGAAUGAAAAUCUGCUCUAUUAAGACCAACAUUUUUAUUCCAAUCGGUUGUAAUAAAAACAAUUUUGUACAUUAUGAAUGGAAAAAGUUUAACACAUAACUGGCUUUAAAGAAAAUAAAUGAAUAAUCUGUA